AUACGGUGUACUAUCAGUGCCUCACUCACCGUUAUUUGGGUUGGCGAAUUAACGUGCACGAUGCUUGUGAUGUGGCGCAACCGAGUGAAAUCGAUGAGGUGUACGUCGAGGGACCGAGUGAGGAUGUUUCGGCUGAGGAAUCAAUUCGCCACGAGUCGAAGGUACUGCCGGCCGAUAACUUCUUGCAGCAGCACGAGAAUUUCCUGCAGAAGCACGAAAUGGAUCUGAUCAAACAUCACAAGAUGAAUCCGGAUAAGCAGCAGCAUCAACAGCAUCAGCAACAGCAGCAACAACAACAACAGGAGCAACACUUUGACAUCAAUCUGGAGGAGAACCCAGAGAUGACGCGAAUUAUCGAGGAUGGAAUACGCGCCGCCGAAGAGUUAGAGGAGAAACUGAAAGCAAACCAAACGACCGGUGAGCUCGGUAAUCAAACUGUGCACUUGGGCGGUCCGUUGGGUCCUCAUGGACCACCGCAUGGACCACCACACCAUGGACCACACUUCCAGCAUGGUGGCCCACCGGGACAUCGCCAUCCACCGGGUCCGGGACCACAUCAACUCGGUCCAGUGAAGCCAGUGCUCUCGUCCUCCGGUUUGCCGGUCUAUCUACGACCACCGAACGGUGGACCAAUGUUCCGGCCCGUCAAAUUACCAGUUCGUCGUCCGAUCAGUAUGGAGCGAAGGCCCGUAACCGGUGGCAGUCGUCCAACGCGUCCCUUUGUCAUUCCGCAACCGUCGAUGAUUGUGAGCCACUACCAGAAACCGGUCGGUCCGUUGAUGCGCCCCUUCGUCAGCAAGAGCAAAAUGCCGAUCAAAGCGAUCGCUCCGAUACUGCUGCUGGGCGAGCCAACGGAAAUCAAAAGCUCACCAGCGUACCGGAAACCCACGGUAGAUAUGCUGGUUGGUGGGAAGCCACCGAAAUCGAGCGGUGGCGCAGGAGUGAACUCUCCGGUCGCUGGUCCACCAUUCACCCUGCCCGAUAUGCCACCUCAUCUGUUGGCGGUGAAUCUGAAGAAGAACGAACCCGUUCCGAUAACGCUUCCGGUGCGCCAUACCGGUAAACCGGUUCCCGGGCCACUGAAACCCAACAUAAAGCCAAUCUUCAAGAGUCAACCACACGAUGUGUACGAGCAGAAGGUAUCGUACGAGGGGCUGGCCGCGAACCACGGGUUCGAACCGAGUUCGGUGGUGGUGGAGAGUGGAUUCAAGCCGAUCUACCGCCGGAAGGAUGAUUACGAUCUGGAGUUUGAGGAUAAUCGGGCGCAUGGAUUCCUGAGGCGUCAGGAUGAUGACAUUGAUGAGGCGAUCGAGAGUGAUGCGUUGAUGAUUCACGGGCAGGACGACGAGCCGGUAAAGCAAACGUUCGAACCGAUGUUUAUCCCUUCGCCGCUCGAUAGUAUGGCGAUGGCGCAGGUAAAGCCGGCUAACAACAAACCCAAGACGGGCACCGGUAGUACCCGGCGGAAUGUAGAGAUACUUCCCGACGAAACAGCGGACGUGGUGGGAGAGGAUGAGGAUUCGCUUGGGGCGGCCAAUGAACGCGUCGAUCCGUACUACCUGCCACCGAUCGGUACCGAUGGUUCGGAGGUUUCGUUUGACGGUAAAGCCGUACUGGAUGUGUCGUUGUUGAACGGUCCGCUGGGUGAUGGAGAGCGUCACAGUGAACCACUGCCACCGACGAUCGGUACGGGGAGUUCGAAGACGGAACAGCUUAUCCGUGAGACACCCCAGUUUGGUCCGUUCCGUGGAGAGAUUCCACCGAUCGCCGAUUAUCUAGCGCCGGCCACGGUUGCGAUCUACGGUACGCGAGGUUCGAGUGCGGUCCAGCCACCGAUAUCGGAGUACGCCAAUCCACUGCUACCGGGUGGCAUUAGUCCACAGGACAGCGACGAACAGCAGCAGCAGCAGCAGCUGCCAGUUGGUAAACCAAUUUCCACUAAGCUAUCGAUCGUGAAGCCAAGUAUGCGGGAGAGUGAUGGUGAGCAGGAGAUGCGACAGGAGCAUCGCAGCAAACGAUCGGCACACCAUCAUCCGGAUCACCAUGGAGACAGCCAUGAUGAUGGUUGGUUGGUUGGUGCCGGAAGUGAUGCCAGCCGUACUACUGCGGCCGCUGCCUCUACUCGUGCGCUGCUGGCAGCCGUUGCCGUUGUGCCUUUGGUUUUGCUUCGGUGAAUGGUUUGUUUUUGUUAGGGUUAGGGAACGGGGGGGGGGGGGGGGGGGAGCUGGUAUUAGGAGGUGCAGUAUUAGAAGGAGUGCGUUAGUAGAGUGCUUACUGUUUAGGUUUAUAGUUUUAUUUAAAAACAGACACAUACAAUCGCUCACAAAAAAAAAAAACAAAACCAAUCACACAAAACACAGACAGACAGACAGACAGACAGAGUAUGUGAGGUCCAGGCGCGAUGCUAUUCCAAGAGGACACACAACGCGAUUCCAGACGCGGUGAUCGUUAGGUUGUUAAAAGUACGUUCGUUGUAAGCAGUGUUUUCCAGCCUUUCUGCACGUUGCUCGUUGCCAAUCCGCGGCAGAGUAGCCUCAGAGGUGCUGGCUUGUAAAUAAAGAAGUUAACU